CAUCUAUCAAAAAUGUUUGCCAAUGCCUUUCAAAGUGGUUUCAUUUCCGUAUUUUAUAGUGUUGGUUCGAAUCCACUGUCUCUUUGGGAUAAAUCGGUAAAGAAUGGUCACAUAAGGCGAGUAGUCGACGAUGAAGUGAAAUCAUUAGUACUGGAACUCUCUGGAACUAACGUAGCAACAACAUACAUUACGUGCCCCAUAAAGGCGAGAGCAUCACUCGCAAUCAAACUGCCCUUUCUGGUUAUGAUUGUGAAGAAUAUGAAGAAGUAUUUUACUUUCGAAAUUCAGGUUGCAGAUGACAAGGAAAUGCGGCGAAGGUUUCGUGUUUCCAACUUCCAAUCGACUACAAAAGUUCGUCCCUUCUGCACUACGAUGCCGAUCGGUCUAAGUCCCGGCUGGAAUCAGAUACAGUUUAAUUUGGCGGACUUUACUAAGCGUGCUUAUGGAACGACUUACUUGGAAACCGUUCGCGUGCAAAUUCACGCAAAUGUGCGGAUACGAAGAAUUUACUUUUCGGAUAGAUUGUAUGGUGACGACGAGAUGCCUCAAGAAUUCAAGCUGUUUUUACCAGUUCCGGGGACUCGGAGUCGUCAGGAUCAGAAGAAAGGCUCUAAGGAGAUAGAGAAGAGACCUAGUAAAGAAGCUGAAGCUAAAGUGCCAGUCGUCGAAGAGGAGAUACCGUCAGUUGCACCGCCGGCUACUCCCGCCGAAUCUCCCAAGCUAGACGAACCGGUGAUAUCUCAGAUUUCGGAGGAGAUACCCACUCCAAUUGAAGAGGAACCAGCACCCGUCGAGGAGCCUUCGCCGGAAGUCGUCGAGGAAGUUCCCCCUGAACAGGCCGUUGAGGAGACUGCGCCUCCAGAAGAAAUUCCGCCAGUAGUCGGAGAAGCAGAAGCCCCUGCUGCUACAGAAAGCGAACCUCAAGAUGUUCCGGUCGAAGAAACGCCUGUCCAAGAAGCUUCCGGAGAAGAAGCUCCGGUAGAACAAGCUGCUGCUCCAGAAGCUCCAGAAGAGCCACCUUCUACCCAAGAAGCUCCGGGAGAAGCAGCUCCGAGUGAAGAUGCUGUUACCGAAUCGGAAGCGUCAGCUACCGCUGAAUCGCCCGAAGAGUAA